AUGGUGUUCUGCACACUGAUCAAAAACAAGGAUCAAGAUUCAGGGGUUGCCUCCACUGGGACGAGCGACAGCCACUCCAUGGUUACGUUCCAACCAAAUUACCCUCCCGUAGACUGUCAACGCUCAUGCCUCAAAUGCCGAGGCUCUUACUCUUGUUCCCAAGCUGACCCCGAACUACUUCGUGCUGAGCGGUUUUUAAGCAUUAUUCAAUGGAGAUGUGGAGCGGUGGAUGGUACAGGGAAGCAGUGCAAUGGCCGACCAAAGAUGCAACCUAAACCCAAUGGGCCAUCGCAGGGCCACACCUGUUUCAUCACCUGCAGUGGGUGGUUGAAGACGUUCAAGGAGAAACAUCAAACCUUUCCCAUUCCUGACGACAUGGACGAGGAUGUCCUUUCCCAACUUCUGAAUGGCUCUGGUCUAUCACAGAAUUCGGACACUGUGUCUUCUCACGUCCACAUUGUUAAUGGUAAUGCAGUCCGCUCUCUGAUUGUUAACCAUGCCUGCCCCUCAAAACGAGGACUUUACACUCCCCCACAUAUUCCGGUUGGACUCCAGAUGGACUCUGGCAGACUCCAGAUGGAUUACUGCUGUUCAUCCAGUAUUUUUUCUAAUUUUUUCUUUGGUGGCAACCCAGCCAAAUCCUCGGCAAACGCCGACACUGGAUUUGGCGUUGUCAAACACCCACACCUUUUUUCUUCCUCACCCACCACCACCAUCCGCGACCUAGCCCAUCCGUCCACGCCACGUCACAACGGUCACCCGUCGCACCACCACCCACGACACUCGUUGACCGCCCACUACGACCGCGACAACACAUCAACAACAAUGUGGGAUCGCCAAGUCACCAAGCAAAUGAGCUGGGGCAAGGUCGAGGCGACAAAAACGGAUGACGAGGGACAACAACAUCAUCCCUCAUGGCCACGUCAACAGAUGACCAUGACCACGGACAACAACACCCACUACCAUGUCAACCAAACAGCCAUGUCACUAGACGCCCACGCCCAUGGACGACGACAUACCAGCAAAGAUGAGAGGCCAAGGUGCCAUGUCGCUGACAGCGACAUGGCAACCAGACGACGAAUGACAACGUUGUUCAUCGUCGCAGAAAGCCACCCCGUUAACUACCACGACGACGACGGGCGCCCACGCCACUCCACCUGGACUGAAUGGAGUCCAGAUGGAGUCCAGUGGAGUCCAGGUGGAGUCCAACCAGAGAACAUCCCACACAACCAUCCAAUGCCUCCCAUGGCCAAGGCUUCGAUUGAGGUCAAGGUCGCAUACCAAGAAUGCAUCGAGGCUGUAGGAUCUGCAGGAGUUACAGUACAGAAGGUAGACAAUGCACCAUCCACAAAGCUGCUCCUCAGGGGCAAAGAACCUGGACAGUACAAUUCAGCCUUGAAUGAUAAACAAGUCAAGCAGGACAUCUUACAUGCCAACUGGAUGAAGAAAAACCCUGCAGGAAUGGGAAUACCUGGUGUCUUCAACUUGUUUCACCAAGAGUUCUUGAAACAACCUUCUGAACGGUACAUUCACAACAUUGUGACGACCGAAAAGGGGAAGACACUUAUCUUUACUGGUGUUCCUUUCCUUAUGUCCCUUAUUCAUGAGGUAUCAUCCUUCAAGUGUGAUACCACCUUCAAGCACAUCAAGGAUUCUUCUGGCAUAAAUGAAUGGGAAAUGGUUAUCUAUUAUCCCCAAGUUCAACAAGAAACAGAUCAUUACGAGUGCCUCUUCAAUGACCUCCAAAAGCAUAUCCUCGCAGUCACCAGCAAAAAGAUGUGCUUCAAGAGAUUUUCCAAAGGUGGGAACCUUUCCUGUCUCAAUGCUGACAUGGAGGCGGUGCAGGUAUUGGGAGCAGCCAAGUCAUUUAUGAAAACAAAUGAGCCCAAUUUCAGUGGUAUUCUGGCUGACGUGACUCCGGAAGAUUUCGCCACAUAUUUUGUUCACCUCUGUUUAACUCACAUAAAAAAGGGCAUUCUUGACUUCAAGAGUCUCGUCUCAGUCACUGAUUAUCAACAACUCAUGGACUUUCCCUACCUUGCAUCAAUUGAAGAACUCGAGAAUUUCACAGCGUUUGUUGCGGGUCUCAAAAUUGAUUGGGAGAGCAUCCCAGCAACAAUGAACAUUGGUGAGGGCCAACAUCACUGGACAAAUCAACAGAGUGGGAUCAAGCUUCCCCUUGUGGAAGCCAUACUCACAUACAUAAAAAAUGCAUCUCAUUCAAAGCUCCUUCAUUCAGCAACUUUAGAAACUGGCAUCAAGAGCGGUAGCCAGACUGAUUUGGUGCACUGCAUGACCCACAAAAUUCAAUGCCAAACUGCAACCACUCAGAAAGCCCAUGAGUCAGGUGAAGCUCAAGAUCUUGCACAAGCACUUGCCAGUGAAGUCGAAGCAGAGAAAGAAAAUCGGCGGAAAUCAUUGGCUUGUGGGAAGGAACUACGUGCUCAACUCAAGGAACUCAAGACCGGCAGAGGAAAGAAGUCAAAGACACCAGCAAAAGCUCAUAUGCACGGAGUACCUUGCUCUCCACUCCCCAAUGCCAGCUCAAGUGGCCGUGUUCGCACUGUGGUGAACCAUCAACAUUCAAGCACUUGCAAUGUCAAAUUCGAGGACGUAACUAUGCAAAUGAAUCUGAGCUCAGACCUCAUGCCAUGUCAUUUUUUGGGAGGCAUCGAUACCAUGAGUGAUAACAAGGAUUUCUGGACCAACCUCAACCCAACUGACCUUAUGCUUGAUGGUUAUACAUUGGGCUUUUUGGGCAACGAUCCCACAACCGAUCUCUCAUUUGAUGACCAUACUGGACAGUUCUAG